AACCAUUUUGAUGUUUCUUUCUUUGGCGAAUAUCGACACAGCAUUCGGUACUUGAAAAGCAAAAACAAGAUUGACAGCCCCGUCACAGUCACUCUGUGUGUUUUUGUGUGUCUUCUGAAGGUUAAAAGAGAAUAGUGAUAAUGGCAGAGACAACAAUUUAAAAUCAAAAGCUGAAAAAUUGCUACAAAACACACCCAGUGACUGAAAAGCAUGAACCCAUCAUCAGACUCUUCAUCCUUCUCCUCCUUUAUCUUUUCUUUUCCUUUCUUGGGUCGGUUUGUUCCUUCUUUAUGAUGUUGAUAAUAUAUUAUUGGGAUUCUGUAAUCAUUCCACCUGUUAAUCUCCCUUCUUUUUGUGCUUUUUGAUGCUUUACAGUUGAUAUAUCAAACACCCUUCACUCCAUUUUUCAAUCUUUUUCUUUUUUCUAUCAAUUCUGCUAUAUGUUCUUAGGGUUUCAAGAAAUGUUGAUCAACAUUCAACGGUAAGGUUCUUGCUUUCUUGUGAUUUUGUGUUUAGGGUAUUCUUUUUUGGUGUUGUUGGGUUCUUAUUAGCAUUCAAUUAUAGCGUUUUAGUUACAACCCACCAAGAAAAAUGAAGAAAGAGACUCUUUUCUUGAAAAUUGUUUGAGAAUUUCUUGAAAAUCUUUUGUGGGUUCUUAAUUAACAUUCAGUUAUAGCAUUUUAGUUAAAACCCACCAAGAAAAAUGAAGAAAGAGACUCUUUUCUUGAAAAAUGUUUGAGGGUUACUUGAGAUCUUUUGUGGGUUCUUCUCCAUCUUUUCUGUUUCGCCAUAACUUCCAUAUCUUCUUUUGAAUUAGUUUAGCUUUUGAAGUUUAAUGAAAUGGCGGAAAUUAGACUAACAAAGGUAGAACAAGGGCACACCAAGAUUAGAAAUGUGCCAAUAGCUGUAACCCCAGAAGGAUUUUGGUGUUGUCCUUCUCCUGUUAUGUUUCAGAAAACCCUAAAAACACAACACCACCACCCACUAAACAAACCCAAAUCAUCAUCAUCAUCAUCUCCACCUAUCAAGACUUCUUCUGAUCACAAGAAACAUUCUCCUGAACUUGAUAAAAAACCAUCAUCACGUGCCUCUUCAAAAUCAGAAACUGUUCUUCCUGAUGAUCAAAAGAAAAAUGGUUUUGAACCACCUGCUCUUGGUGCAUCACUUGUGGCAGAGAGGACAGGAUCAAGACCCAAUCAAGAAAAUUUGCCAAGAAAGGUAUCUAUUGAAUUUGGUGAAUCUGGAACAGGUGAUUUGAAAGUAGUGUUAAUGGGUAGACAAGGGUUUAUUGUGAAGUUAAGUGUUCACAAGAGUGUUCUUGAGGAAAACAGCACAUUUUUUGCUGAGAAAUUAGUGGCAAAGAAUCCCAGUUUCCAUUGUAUUGAAGUUGAUGAUUGUGAGGAUGUUGAAACAUAUGUUGAGACUGUGGGCUUGAUGUAUUGCAAAGAAUUGAAGCAGAGGUUGAUCAAGCAAAGUGUUUCAAGAGUUCUUCGUAUCCUUAAGGUUGCAGAGCAGCUUGGGUUCAAGAGUUGCAUGGAAUCAUGCUUAGAUUUCUUGGAAGCAGUCCCUUGGGUGGGAGAGGAAGAAGAAGAGAGGGUGGUGUCAUCCGUUUUACGUCUUCAAACCGAAGGGUUCGGGGUCAGCCCGAUACUAAAACGUGUGGCCUCAGAUGUUUCGAAACCCCCGAAAGACACCCUCUCUCACGUGCUCCAACUCGUGCUAAAAAGCAACGAAGAAAAAGGGCGUCGAGAAAUGAAAUCCAUCGUCUUAAAGCUUCUGAGAGAAAACAACAAAUCUCUUCCGAAUUGUAGCUCAUCGAUCUCCGGAGACCUCUGUAACACCACCAUUUACGCUUCGUGUAGAACCUGCUUGGGUUCGUUGUUGUUUCUUUUCCGGCAAGUGGCUCAGUCGGAGUUUGCAGAACAACCGAUAGAAGUCAAGAAUCCGGUGGUCAAACAGAUGGCAUUGGAGGCCGAUAAUCUCUCGUGGUUACUUGAUAUAUUAGCCGACCGACAUGGAGCCGAUGAGUUUGCGGUCAUGUGGGCUAGCCAACAAGAACUGGCUGCGCUGCACCCUCGGGUUCCUAUAAUGAACCGCCACCACAUUAGCUGCAUAACCGCCCGGCUAUUCGUCGGGAUAGGAAGAGGCGAACUAUUACCCUGUAAAGACACCCGCCAUUUGUUGCUGAAGACAUGGCUACAACCAUUGAUCGAUGACUACAGCUGGUUACAACACGGGUGCAAAUCAUUUGAUCGGAAGGUCGUGGAGGAAGGGAUCGGAAGAACUAUAUUAACACUCCCGCUCGAGGAUCAGCAGAUUAUUUUGCUUGGGUGGUUGAGUAGUUUCUUGAAAGCGGGGGACAACUGCCCGAAUCUUCAAAAAGCGUUUGAAGUAUGGUGGCGGAGGACGUUCGUUAGACCGUACACGGAACAAGGGAACACGACACAACCGUCGUCGGAUUAGCGAAUCUUGUGAACGUGGAGGGCUGUAACGGAUAUGUGCAACGGUGUGGAUUUUCGUUUAUCGAUUGUUGUUUGAAGAAUUGCGAUGUUUAGUUGGCGUGUUACUAAUCGAACUUUUAAUAAUAUAUAUAUAUAGCGUAUAUGAAGCUUAAUUGUGUAUGUAUGUUAAAAAUGAAUAUGAGAAUUAAGGCCUACAAUAUAUCUGAAUUGUUUUCUGCU